AUGAAAGAAAUCAAUUGUGAAGUUAUUGGAGUGAGUGUAGAUUCAGUUUAUUGUCAUCAAGCAUGGUGUGAAGCAGAUAAAAGUAAAGGAGGAGUAGGAAAGUUGACAUUCCCAUUAGUAUCAGAUAUUAAGAGAUGCAUUUCUAUCAAAUAUGGAAUGUUAAAUGUCGAAGCAGGAAUUGCAAGAAGAGGAUAUGUCAUCAUUGAUGAUAAAGGAAAAGUAAGAUACAUUCAAAUGAAUGAUGAUGGAAUUGGAAGAUCAACGGAAGAAACAAUCAGAAUAGUUAAAGCAAUUCAAUUCAGUGAUGAACAUGGAGCAGUUUGUCCACUCAAUUGGAAACCAGGCAAAGACACCAUUGAACCAACACCAGAUGGAAUUAAGAAAUAUUUAACAGCACAUUAA